AUGAAAACUCUUGCUCCAGUGGAUACUCGUUUUACACAAGUGGUUCUCUACGAAGACUGUGCAACUCAGAUAGUCACAUCCUGCUCUGGUGCCAUUGCAUUGUCUGUGGGUGGCAGUCAAAGAUGCUACUGCAAUGCGGACACCGUGUACACUUCUAGCACUGCAGAUGCGAGUGCCUUUCUGUGGAUAGGAUGCAAUGACGAAACCGGCGUCCUUUACUUUCAGGUGAAGCCCGCAACAACGAACCACGUGACUUUCGACUCUACCGUUAGGUCAAGAGCUUCUUCCAACUCCCCCUCAACUACACCAAGUCUUGCCGGGCAGACAGCAUCACCAACCCCCACGAAAGCAUCCGAACCUGCUGCCGCAAGCAAGGCUUGGAUCGCUGGGGUUGUUGUUGGAGGCUUGGCCCUUGUCGCGAUAGCUGGCUUGGUCUUUUGGUUACUGAGAACAAGGAAACGAAGCAAGGGACAAGGUUACCACUCAACGCCUGAAACUGCGCCAUAUCCACAACAGUACCAAAUCGGGCAUCAAACAACGCUACCGGCUCAGCCAUACUACUCAUCCUCUCCCAAUCAACCGCAAGUACAUCCACAGCAAGAUUAUAAGGGGCAGUUCGUUACAACUCCUCCCACCCAGGGAGAGACGUACAAACACAAUCCCAACUAUACUUCAGUUAAGGUCACAAUUCCCGGGGAGUUGUCACCGCAAAACAAUCCCAUUGCAGACACACACGAUAACCCGAAUUACAUCGUUUCUUUCUCAAAGACGCUCCUUCACUGCGAACUCGAACGGCUUUUUCUCUUAUGUACAUGA